GAAAUCAAAAAUUUAAACAUAAUUGUCUAUGUUGUGAUUUUUAUUAUAUAUCUAUAGUAAAAAGAAGUAUCCAAAUUAUAAAAUUAUUUCCAUUCUAAUCUUCACUUGUUUUGCUUUCAGUGGGCAUCAUUCCUAACCGCUGUAGAUGGCAACUGGAAACUACACAACUGUGACAGAGUUCAUUAUUUUGGGAUUGACAGAGGAUCCUACAGUUUGUAUCAUUUUAUUUAUUGUGUUUUUAGGGGUCUAUGUUGUCACUGUAAUGGGCAACAUCAGCAUAAUCAUGUUAAUCAGAGGCAGCCCUCAGCUUCAUAACCCAAUGUACUUUUUUCUCUGCCAUUUGGCCUCUGUAGACAUUGGGUACUCCUCAUCAGUCACUCCUGUCAUGCUCAUGGGCUUCUUAAGGGAGGAAAUUUCCCUCCCUGUUGCUGGCUGUGUAGCUCAACUCUGUUCUGUGGUCACGUUUGGGACAACUGAGUGCUUCCUGCUGGCUGCCAUGGCCUAUGAUCGCUAUGUAGCCAUCUGUUCACCCCUGCUCUACUCCACCCACAUGUCCCCCAGAAUCUGUAUUUUCUUACUGGGGACAUCCUACCUAGGUGGGUGUGUGAAUGGUUGGAUAUUUACGGGCUGUUUACUAAGCCUGUCCUUCUGUGGGCCAAAUAAAGUCAACCACUUUUUCUGUGACUAUUCACCACUUUUGAAGCUUUCUUGUUCUCAUGAUUUUACUUCUGACAUAAUUCCAGCUAUCUCUUCUGGCUCCAUCAUUGUGGUCACAGUGUUUGUCAUAGCCGUCUCCUACGUCUACAUCCUCAUCACCAUCCUGAAGAUGCACUCCAUUGAGGGCCGCCACAAGGCCUUCUCCACCUGCACCUCCCACCUCACUGCUGUUACUCUGUUCUUUGGGACCAUUGCAUUCAUUUAUGUGAUGCCCCAGCCCAGUAGCUCUACUGACCAGAACAAGGUGGUGUCUGUGUUCUAUACAGUGGUGACUUCCAUGUUGAACCCUCUUAUUUAUAGUCUGAGGAAUAAGGAGGUUAAAGAGGCCAUGAGGAAACUGAUGGCUAGAACACACUGGUGGUCCUGA